GUCAAAAAUUUUACUGGAGUGCGAGUAAUAUAAAAACUACUCGAGUUACUCGAGUGAAAAGCAACUCGCAUCGCAUCACUAUUGGAGGUUGAUUUAAAUGAUUUAAUUGAGCAAAUCUAUGUUGUUUUGUUCGUUUGAUUUCAUUCGCGCCGGCGCGCGACCAGUUUCUGAUGUCUGGUGUAUGUUCGCUUGUAUUGAUUUGUGUUUUCCUAAUAUUUUUUUCAAAUCAACCGGUAAUUGCGUCGGUGAAUUUUUGACACUGCAUACUCCGAAGUAUCAAUAUUUUCUAAUUGAAUUAGGACAACUUAAAAUAACAUAACGAAUUAACAACUAUUUGCACUGAAUUAUCUGAUCUCUUGGUGUUCUGCAUUUGGAAGGUCUACAUGUGAGUUUAAUUUUUUCUUACUACUAAAAAAUAUCACAUCCAAAUGGAGGAGGAAGCUCAACAUUAUCUAAAUUUGGCUAGGCAAUUAACAGAGACAAGCAGCCACGGUAAAGCUUUUGAUUUCUACAAUGUAGCUCUGAAUAAAAAUCCAAAUCUCAAAGAUGAAAUAGAAGUAGAAUUUCGUAAUGCCCUUAUGAGAUUCAACGAAGUUCUUGCUCGGGCUGGUAGAAUGGAAGAUAUAUUUGCUAACUUUGGUAAGGCUAUUGAUGUAUAUCCAAGCAACUCCAACUUGUUGAAUGACAUAGGUGGAUAUCUGUACAAAUUUGGUUUUUACACAGAAGCUUGGGCUCAUUUCCAGAAGGCUUUAAAAAUAGAUCCUAGAUCAGUACAUGCAGAAAAAAACUUAAAUUCUAUUAAAAAUCUUCUUCUAGAACGAUGGCACUUCAGAAUGUUAAAUGAUGUGAUACGCAAUGAAGCUUAUUAUAAUGCCCUUAUUGAAAGUGUUAUCCCCUUUAAAGAUAGUGUUCUUGAUAUAGGCACAGGUACAGGAAUAUUAGCAAUGUUUGCUACUGAUUGCUCAGCAACUGCAGUGACUGGUAUUGAGGCAUCUGAACAUAUGGCUUGGAUGGCUGAGUGUGUCACGCAAGGAAAUAACAAGCAUGAUAUUGUUAUUGUUAAUAAAAUGUCUACUACUAUGAACUAUAGGGACAUAGGUGGAAAAAGAUCACUUAUUGUAAGUGAAUUGUUUGAUGCUGGAUUACUUGGUGAACAUAUUUUACAAACAUUAGCCCAUGCAUGGGAAUAUUUUACAAUCCCUAAUUCUCAGGUUAUACCUAACAAGGCUGAGUUUUUUAUUAUUCCUGCCAAAUCUGAAUAUCUUGAUAAAAAGUAUCGCUUAACUCCAGAUGUGAGAAAAUGGCUACAAAUAACUCAUGAUGUUCAUUUGCUAACAGAAGAUGAAUCUUAUGAUUGUGAAGAUGUUAGUUUACUGAAAGACUUAAAAUACAUGUCAGAACCCCAGUCUCUUUUCAAAGUAGAUUUCAAUGAUUAUCGUGAUAUUCAAGAAAUGUUGAGCCGGUCUGAACCAUACACUGUUGAAUUGACAGUAAAAGAAGAUGGUGUAAUCAACUUUUUUAUUGGGUGGUUCAAUUUGUACUUGACAAAACAUAUAACUCUUACUACAAAUCCAAAAUCUGAAGUUAGGGCCAAUGCUUGGCAGCAAGCUGUAUUUUAUGAUAAAAUACCAGUAACUGUGAAGAAAAAUCAAGUUAUUGAUGCAGAAUUUUUGAUCAAUGGGGGUAAAUUGACUAUGGUUAAUGAUUGUACAACACCCAUUUUAAGAAUCUCACAAGAAACAAUGAGAUUUUUAAAUGACAUGGAAAAUGUGAAAAUGAUAUCAGGUUGCAUAGGAAUGGCAAGUGUUUAUUUGGGACAAAUGACAGAUAUGUCCCAUAUCAAUAUUGUUGACUUGUCUCCAUUUCCUGUAUUUGGGUUGUUAAUGUUGAAGCGUGGUGUACAAUCACUGUUCUGUUAUGCAAGAAUGGACUGUGAUAAAAAGUUUUUUAAGAAAGUAUUUAAAGCUCACAAUCUACCUUUACAUAAAAUUCACAUUUUAGUUGGAGAAACUUGGGGAUCUGAAGUAUUCAGCCAUGAAAGAUUUCAUGCAGUGUAUUAUAAUAUAUUGGAUAUGUGUGGCGAUAUAGAUUUGCGCCUCAAAGAUAUACUCAAUGAUAUAAACAACAACCAUGUUUUUAGAGGGAGCUUGAUUAUGCCAGCCAAAAUAAACCUAAUUGUUCAAGUGGUUAACAGUGAAUGGUUAAAUAUUAAUAAUAGAGUUUAUGAUAAAAAUGUCAAAAACUAUAGAGUGGCAGAGUAUAUCAAUAAAUAUGAAGUAACACAAAAUUUUAGCAUGGAUUUUUCUCUUCUGGAAUAUUCUGCAGUUACUGAUAAAUUCUGUAUGGGUUCAAUUAGAACUGAUACGAAGUUACAAGUUGUGACUUUGCCUGUAAUGAAGGAUGGUCCUGCAAAUGCUAUUAUAAGCUGGUACAGCAUAGAAGUUAUGGAUGGCAUAGAAAGAAUAUCAACUAAUAGGCCUGGGUGUUUUAUGGAUGGAACACUGUAUUUGAUUCAUCCAAAGUCUCCGAUUGUUGCGGGCAGUUCGCUCCGUAUUUUACGAUGCACAGACCCCGACGGAUCUUUUAAACUUAUGCUGGAAAAUGAAACUCCUAAUUAAGUAACUACUGUUUAUAAUGUAAUAUUAUGGUUAUGUGAAAUGAAUGAAAGAGUCAGAAUGUGCAAUACUCUUAUUUAAUGAGUGAUGUGCGUGAAAACCUGAGAAACAAAUAUACAAUGCAAUACUCGACCCAUUUCUUUAAAUCAAUGCUAUAUUAAUUAAAUUUCGAAUGUCGAACUAUUAAGCCAAGUGUGUUAUCGAUAUUGUAAACCUGCGCUGCGUUUAGCGGGAGCACGGAGCGGGCGUCCGCUCCACGUGCAGUUUCAUGUCUUAACAUAGAGCAGUGCUGCGUGAGGCGGGUCCCGCCCCGCGGCCGAAGGGGUACGCUUAAUUAGCUGACUUCUGUGCUCUUGUCAGCGUCGUUUUUUGGCUAGGUAGUUAUUAUCAAUAAAAAUAAUCCAUUAUCGACUGUUUAAAAUUAAAAUUGUACAGACGGCGCUACGAGAGGCGCGUCCGUCGCAUCACCCGCGGAACGGAUCUCCCCGAUGGACGUCUGCUUCAUGCUCUCGCUUAACGCAGCUGAGGCUCUUAAUGUUUUCUUAAAAAAAUACCUAUGGUCACAUAUACUAUAAUUUCGUUGUUAUUCUAUAUAAUCUACUGUAACUGGGGAGGCAAUGCCCAACCUAGAAUUCGAGAGUCAUAUAGUUUAAAAAUUUAUUUUUGAAUGAAUGUAAGUUCAGCUACCCUAUAGAAAAUAUCUGUAGCUCCACCAAUGUCUACAUUUAAAGGAUUCAUCUGAUCCUUCAUUUAAAUAAACUUUAUGUGAGGCGGCUUAAAACUUUAAUAGCUCUUGCCCCUGAUUUUAAUUUGUUGUUCAUUAAUAUUCUAGGAUGUCAGCUCAUUUUUACUAAAGUAAUUAAAUAGUUCUUUACCAAAUUAUCUAUACUAUAAAACAGGGUUUCAAUCAGUCUAUUUAUAAUAUAAAGAUGAUAAAUAUAAUUUACCUAAUUUAAGGCAAAUUAUUCAUUACAGAUAUUGAAUUGGGCUUAUAAAAUCUUUACUUUUUGUGUAAUGUUUUUUAUAUCUAUAUACUCGUAUAUGUACAUCAUAAUUUAUUGAAAUUUGAAAUGACCAUGAUGACCGUCAUGACCAUGUUGCCUGUUUUAUGCCUACCUUAUAAGGUAUUAUUACACAGGUCUUAAAUACUUCAAGGCUUUGAACUUUAAUGAAAAAAUAUUAACAAGCAGCCAUGUUUGAGUGUAAAUAAACAUGGCCGGUGCACGUUUUGUCCCAAACGCUUCUUAAUCUAUCCUAAUGGUCACUGUUGCUUCAACUGAUGCACGUUGUGCACUCUAUUACUGCUGCCACAAUUCCAACGCAUAAUAGUAAUGAAUGUACAGGUCAACGUAGUGUUUACUUUUAUCUUGCUGCAACUAUACUCGCUCACCGACAAGAAUAUAAAAGCCAGACAAGUUUUGGCAACUAAGAUGUUAAGGCUAGCCUAAAAGUUUUCUAAGAGUUAUUUGAAGAAGUGAUCUUGCUAUGAGAUGGUUUGCGUACCAGCAGCGUAGUGUGGGUGUCGGCCGCCCGGGGCGAAGGACAAUUUUGCCGCCCUCUUAUUUAAAUGGUUGAAAUAUUUUUAUUAUUGUAAAAUUUUGUCGCCCCCUAAGAAGUGCCACCCGGGGCGGGCCGCCCCUGCCGCCCCCACUACGCUACGCCACUGUUGCGUACCCCGGGCUAGCUUGCGCUUGCGGGAUAUAAAGAACUAGCUAUGCCCGCGACUUCUUUCGCGUAUACGUCGGAAAAUAACAAAAUGACGUACUGAGGUGACAUGAUUUUUCUGCAGAAGUGAAGCGCUCUUGAUUUUUUUUAAGGUAAUACAGUCUGCUUUGUAAACGAUAUUUAAUGAGAGCCGCCACACAGCCACAUGCGUCGGGCCAUGGGGGACACGGGGUACCGGUAAGAUGAAGGUUAACGAAACAGUGCCAUAUGCAAAUGAUGUUCCACAAUCCGUCUUACGGCUCUAAACUGUAUUGUCUAAUUAAAAAAUACUUUAAAUAAUAUAUCGUUCUGGCGCCUGGCCGGCCGUAACACUAACCUAACUUCGUCUGUUUACCCAGGAACUCUCACCCUCAGGUGCCCCCAAUCCCUGCGUUACCAUACCCUUAAGUGUCCUCGACCCUUGAUAUACUCCAUUCUCCAGGUGCUCACCCCGAAGUGAUCCCGUCCCGACAUCCGUGAUCCUCUACCCCUCGGUGUUCCGGACUCUCGAGAACUAAAAUAAGUUAUUGCUAAUUAUAGCAUCGAUCCCAGUAAUCGGCUGCGUUCGCUCCUGCGCUGCUUUUGUGCGAUAAAUACGAGACCAUGCGCUAAGGGCUGGCUUUCGUGCGUGCUGCAUGCUAAUGCUCAUGAGGGAAUUUAAUGUGACUCCAUGUGAAGUUGAAUUUAUUUAUUUCUAAAUUCCACUGCAAGUUCUAAGCCUUGGUAAAGUAUAAUGAAACUACAUUUAAUGAAAAAAACGUUUAAUAUUUUUACUUUUUUGUGGGCCGGAAAUUGCUAAAUUAAAAAAAAUGUUAUGUUGUUUUAGUGAAGAAACAUUGGCAUUUUACAGAUCACAGCUAUUAAUUAUCAAAUUAAAAAUGAUUUUAGCAAAUAGCAUAAAAAUAGCACGUAGCAUGCUAUGUAAAUGUUUAAUACUUGUUUUCACCCUUCUACCGCCAGCCCCUUUUUUAUGGCGUUACGAAGUUCGCUGGGUCAGCUAGUAUUAGUAUAAUAAUACACAGACGCAUCACUGUGGAGGUAAACUAGACGCCUUUGUCGGAUAUUAUUCUCCGGGGAGACCACAAUGCAGGAAGUAUUCUUCUAACAGACCGAGUGCACAGGCUUCUUCUGUCUGUGCAUCUCGUAACAGAGAGUGCCGCUAUAUCACCCGCACUCCCGACAUGCAUUAGGGACCCCGGUUAUCGGUUUUAUGCGGAGGUAUUACAUAAUUUGAUCCCUCCUUCCCCUUUCCACCACCGGACGAACAGGCGCGGCGAGGGAUUUCAUCCUUAUGUUGUCGACGUUCCUCCCAUUCGCAAGAUGCGACUUGCUUCGGCUUUCAUUAUACGAACGGUUAGGGAGUUCUGUUUUCCCGGACCAAUAUAAUCUGGACAUCUUCAAGGCCAGAGUGAACAGGCAUCUUCUAUGCAGACGUAUUCCAUUCUAAGGCCUCAUCAUGGCUUUCCAUCAGGCGAAAUUGUGGUCAAACGCCUUGCCUAUUAUGCAUUAAAAAAAAACUCAAAAUGCGUGUUGGGUGAAUGGUGCAGGAGUAUUGUCUGGUUUUUACUGGGUAAGUUCAGUUCAGUCGUGUUUUUCAAUAAAUAAUUUAUUGUAAACCAAGUAGAUUCCCUUAGUAUUGAACAAACACAUAUAAAUAUAAAAGGAAACAAGAAUUAUCUGAAAUUAAAUCUUAGAGUUAACGAACGGAACUGAAAAGAUGUUUACUAGUUGGAAUUUGAAAGAUUUUUUUUUCCGAAGUCUCUAUUGUGGGGGCCCCCCGUUUGUGGAGGCCUCGGGGCUUUCGCCCCGGUUGCUCUCCCCUAAAUCCGGCAGUGGCUAGGCGAAGCGGACAGGGGUCCACAGAUACCUUCUUGUUGCUCCUCCCACACAGUUCUAAUUAGGCUGAUAUGAAUUAUUUCUUCAGCAUUGAGAGCAAAUUUUGUAAAAAGAAAAGCAUUUAGUUUUGAUUUUCCUGUCUGCAUAUCUGCAUUAAGAGGUUCGGUAAUACGCGCUGAGUGGGAUUGCUGUCUCCCUGAAGAGCAAGGUUCGUGAAAUCGUUCCCUCUUCGUCAUUUGAUGUUUUCACAUCAUAUAUUUUAUAGUUUUAUUUUAAUUUACUUUAAGGGUCCAAAAUUUGAGAUUCGGUCACCUUUAGUUUACCAAUAAUAUUAAAGUUCAUUGCCUUCUUUAAGUUUAAGUAAAUUCAACUAGUUACCCUAUUAAAAAUAAUUGAAAUGUUUUGUUAUCCAUCAUGUGAGGGCUGCCGUUAAUGAUCUCCAAAGAGGAAUAUAAUCUUAUGGCUCAAUAACACUUGGUCGUUAGCCUGAUUACGAUUACCAAUGGAAUUCGGGAAAACGACCAAGUGAAAAUGAACGGAGUCGAGUACGCCCGUAUUCGGGUAGUUUUCGUUUGUUUACCCGACGCCGUCUUCCAACCCGUAUUCCAGUGUAAAUAUUGCUUCGGGUGCCCGAAUUUCAGUAAUGCCUUUCGUGCACGAAUACAUAUUAGUCUGUACUCAUACCUACGUAAAUUAACUAUUUGGUAUGAAUAGAUUUACUUAAUAUUUUCAUAAAAAUAUUUAUAUAAAAAAGAAUAAGUAUGGUUUGUUCGUUGACUAUAUUAAACCUUCGUAAUUAACCUGUUAUUUAAGUAGGUAGGUAAUUAAUAAAUAUAAUAAGUGAGUUAUUUUAAUUAUUAAUUACCUACUUAAAUUAAAGUUUAAAUUAUUUGAUGUCCUAUUUAUGAACCAGUUCAAUUAAAUUUAAUGAUGACAAAAGGUUGCAAGGACAUUCUAAUUACCUGGUUCUGGACUGGCCAAAUGAAAAAAGUAUUAUACUGUGAAAAUCCUUUUCAACACAUUUGCUCGAAAAAUGCAUUUAAGAAGGUUGCAGUACACAUAUACAAAAUUACGGGCCAUACAGCAAAGCGUGCGGUAAAAUUCAUUACGCUCUCUCCCAUACAUGGCACCGUGCGCAUUCUUUACGGUUUAUUUUUUAAUUUCAUUAGAACCUCCUCGGAAUCGCUGUUAGUUCAUACCUAUGUCUCACUUUCAUACUAAAAAUAAAAAAAGACGAAAAAUGUAGUUCUAAUUAUCACCACACGCACGUGGCGUCAUUUCCUUAUUAGAAAAAAUUUGCUUCAUUACUUAAAUUACGUAUAAUGUUUUCUCGCAAAUGUGUUGAAAGACGUUGUAUGACAAUCGAGCGGAUUGGUAUUACAAUCUCGUAACUAUAGUAAAUAAGCCCUCGACUUCGUCUCUGGAUUUUAAUCUAAGUAAUAUGUACAUUCGUCUACUCGUUUGUAAUAUCCAACUUUGUAUCCUUAAUAACUAUUAACUUGUGUAAGUUUCUUGAUUGUGUAAUGAACGAUAGUGGCGUAAAAUUCAUUGCAUAUUUGUAAAUUGUAUUCUUAUAAUUUUAUAGAAAUCAGUCUAAUCACUUAUACCUGUGUACUUUGUGCUUGGGUUUUAUUGUUACCAAUAUUUUGACUGGCAUUGCAAAACUUGAUAUUGGUUGGAUUCUAGUUAGAAUUUGUCAUUUCAUUGGUAAUGCUGUCUCUGUCUUCUUUUUAGCAAACACAGGUGACAGCAUCAUUUUAGACCGAAUUUAACUUUAGUUUACAUUUUGUAAUACACAUUUUCUGCCUGCAAAUGUUUAGGGAUCAAGGUAGUUAUUUGCAAGCGAAAAAAUAUCCAAUUAGUAAUUUCCACAUUGGUUCUUUCUAUUAAUUUCUUAUUUUAAACAAUGUUCAUCCACAUUUUGUAAAAGUAUAUUAUUGCAGUUUUUGUAAAUUUUGGUUAAUUAACCCAAGUAAACGGUGGCGUCAAUUGCGUAUUUGCAUUAUAAGCAAGAAACUUAGACAGGUGUUCGAAAUGUCUCUCUAUAAUUAAUAGGACUAUCGCUGUCUUAUCGAAAAAAUAUGGCAACUGCCUACUACUACAUAUUUUAGCUAGGUACUAAAUGCUCUUAAGUUUAUUAAAAUUUGAUCUAUUUAUUGAAGUGGUAGUGAAAUUCAAUGUGAUAUUUUUGAAUGUUGAAAUUGUAAAUCUUAUAAUGAAUUAAAUGAUUAUGCUGUAAAUAGUUUUUAAUUUGGUGUGUCCUACGCCUUUUUUUUGUCUUUGAAAUUCCUUACGCAACCUUCAACCACCGGGGGAGCUGUUUAUUUCAGCCAGUUCUUGGGCCGGAUGAAAGGAGCAGGUCCCUACGUAAUGCCCUGAACAGGGCCAUUAAAAGCCAGACAAUUCUCCUGCACCGAUCACCCGACACGCAUUCUGGGGACCGAGGUCCCCCCAAUGCGUGCCGAAACUGUGGGUGUGGUCGCGGCAACCGUUUUUAACUGUCCGCGCCCUGCAGGUGAUUGUCCGCAAGCAGACUCCAUCCAAAGGAGAUGCCCCUGAGCAUCAGGGACAUCAGCAUCUAGGAAGCUUGUGCAAUGCAAGCC